AUGAGGCGCUCUCUAUGUGAUUCAUUACAGAGUAAUAAGACAAGAGAAAAAGGAGUAAGUCCGGAACAAAAGGCGAUUGAAUCAUUCACCUCGCUGACCAAAUGCGACCUUAACGUUUCUAGGAAGUACUUACAGCGUAAUCAUUGGAAUAUCAAUUAUGCGCUCAAUGAUUAUUACGACAAGGAAAUAGGGACGUUUACUGACGAGGUCUCGACCCCGGUUCACCCAAUCGUAUACCCCAAGGAACUGGUACAGCUUUUCGAGCACUACAGCAAUAACAGCUUGUUUGAUAUAGACUCACUGAUUAAAUUCAUUGAAGAUUUGGGUUACAAUCUAGAAAAUAUAACAACGUUAUGCUUAGUCCAUUUACUAGGGUAUACGAAACUAGAAGAACCUUUGAGACGGGAGCAGUUUCUGUCAAAAUGGUUUAUAGAGGGUUGUUCUACAAUUUUAGACAUGCAAGAGUGUAUGAAACGAUUGGACAUUAAAUUACGUCAAAACUUGCAAUAUUUCACCCUGAUCUAUAACUAUACCUUCCAUUUACUUCUGGACUCGUAUCGGAAAGACAUAGAUAUAAACGAAUGUAUUCAAUAUUGGAAGCUCUUUUUUCGACCAGAGUACCCAGUAUCUAUAGAACAAAACCUGCUAGAGGCAUGGUUUCGUUUCCUUCACGAUGAGGGGAAAAUGAUGAUAAAUAAGGAUACAUGGCAAAUGUUACUUGUGUUUUUCAAAAAAUAUUCUACCGUGAGGGAAAUAAUGGACGACUAUGACGAAAGUGCAGCCUGGCCAUUCAUUAUCGAUGAGUUCUACGAGUAUCUGCAAGAUCAGCAAUGA